UGGUUUUUGUUUACUUUUUAUGUGUUAAAUUAUUUUUGAUAAACAAAACCAAAGUUUAAAUCAAUGGAAGUAAAACAGGAAGUUAGUGAUGAGACAUAUCAAGCAGAAAUAAUAUAUUGUAAUGCUGUUGAUGAUAGUCCUUCGGAUAUUAGUAAAAUUGAAAUUAAAGAGGAAUCCAAGACAGAAAGUGCCUACCAUGCAUUUGAUUUAUUUUUAAAAGAAUUCCCCAUAAAGACUGAAAUAGAACAAGAGGAAUUUAAGUCAUUUAAAGAAAAAGAAUUAAAUGGAUUUCCCUUAGAGGAGAACAUAUUGGAAAGUAUGAAAACAAUACCCAUAGAGCAACAUAUGAGUCAACCCAUUGAAGAAAAUACAUUAAAAUGUGAAAUUUGUUCUAAGCAGUUCGCUAAAAAACGUAGUUUAAAAACACAUUUGAGACUGCACACUGGAGAAACGCCUUACAGGUGUGAAUUUUGUUCUAAGCCGUUUACUACAGCAAGUAUAUUGAAAAGGCAUGUGAGAUCGCACACUGGAGAAAAACCACAUAAGUGUGAAAUUUGUUUUGAGCAAUUUAGCCAAUCAAGUGAUUUAAAAAAACAUAUGAUAACGCAUACAGGAGAAAAAUCUUAUAUGUGUGAAAUUUGCUUAAAACAGUUUACGACAACAGGUCAUUUGAAAACACAUAUGAGAAUACACACUGGGGAAACACCUUAUAAAUGUGAAUUUUGUUUUAAAGUGUUAAGUAGAGCAAGUGAUUUGAAAACACAUUUAAGAGUGCACACUGGAGAAAAACCAUACAAGUGUGAAACUUGUUUUAAACAAUUUAGUCAUCCAAGUGAUUUAAAAAAACAUACGAGAACACAUACGGGAGAAAAACCUUAUAAGUGUGAAAUUUGUUUAAAACAGUUUAGUGAAGCAGGUACUUUGACAAAACAUGUGAGAGUGCACACUGGGGAAAAAUCUUUCAAGUGUGAAAUUUGUCUUAAGCAGUUCACUCGGGCACCGAAUUAUAAAAGGCAUUUGAGAGUGCACAAUGGAGAAAAACCUUAUCAGUGUGAAAUUUGUCUUAAGCAAUUUGUUGAAAAUUCAAAAUUAAAAAAUCAUUUGAUACUGCACACUGGAGAAUCGCCUUACAAGUGUGAAAUUUGCUUUAAGCCGUUUACUACAACAACUAUCUUGAAAAGUCAUAUGAUAUUGCACACUGGACAAAAACCGUACCAAUGUGAAAUUUGUUUAAAGCAAUUUGUUGAAAGGUCAAAAUUGAAAAGUCAUUUCAGACUGCACACUGGAGAAACGCCUUACAAGUGUGAACUUUGUUUUAAGCCGUUUACUACAGCAAGUACCUUGAAAAAUCAUAUGCUAUUACACACUACACCUGGAGGCUACAAGUGUGAAACUUGUUUUAAACAGUAUUCUACAGAAAAUAGUUUAAAAGAACAUUUGAAACUGCACACUGAAGAAACGCCUAACAAGUGUGAAAUUUGUUUUAAACUAUUUGCUACAGCAGGAACUUUGAAAAAACAUAUGAGACGACACACUGGAGAAACGCCUUAAGGUCUGCGCUCAUGAGAUCAAAUCGGUCGCCAACGGAACGGACCGCUACAGCCCGGAAUUAAAUGACCAGAUCUCGCCAGCUCAAUCAGAAGGUUAGAAUAGAAAUAUGCCUGAUUAUCACUGAAAAUUUUUACAAUUUUAUGGACAAAGCCUACAUACAGUCAAAAGAAAACAUAAUAUCAAUAACAAAUAACAACUACAAUUUACUAAAAUUAGAUAAAUCGUCAAAAUAUGUACAGUAUAAUAUAAGAUAUAAAAGCCAAGACACAAAAAAUUUAUUGCAAAAUUUAUAUAAAUUGCAAAUUGAACAUACUUAAAACAAAUAAAAUAAAAUACAUAAGGAACUGACAAGUUUAUGUUACUAUGAAACCCAAUUUUCUUAGUUAUUCAUUAAGAAAUUCUUCUAUUGAAUAGUAUGGUCUUUUAGGUAGAGAAUAAAUGUCAAAUAUUGAAUUUCUGGUGGAGUAAAGAUAAUUGGGCCUUGCUGGAAAGACAUGAAGGUGUUUACGAAUUAAACAAACCGUUUCUAGGAUAUAUAAAGAUGGAAGUGUUAAAAUUCCGUGAUCUCUGAAGUAACUUCUGCAAUGUGUAGAUCUUCUGAGGCCAAACAGAUAUCUUAUUGCUCUUUUUUGCAAUUUAAAAAUAACAUCAAAUUGAACAGCUGUACUAGAACCGCAUAAAGGAAGACCAUAUCGAAGAUGAGACUCGAACAACGAAAAAUAUGUUAUUUUAGAAGAUGCUAAAUUGAGUUCCCUUGAGACAGAUCUUAUUGCAUAGCAAGCUGAGGCGAGUUUCUUACUUAACGAAUCGAUAUGAAGGGACCAUUUGAGGUUGCUGUCUAAAAAAAAUACCAAGAAAGCUUACAGAAUCAACGGUACUGAUCUAGCUGUUAUUAAGAGGCAAAGGUUGAAGAGCUCCUUUAUAGGAUAAUGCUACUGUUUUAUUUACGUUAAAAGAGAGUAAAUUAGAGUCAGACCAGGUCUUUAUCGUCAGUAGAUCCGAAGUUAUAGUUUCAUGAAGAGAUGCAAUAGUUGAGUUGCUCCAAGUGAUACUGGUAUCAUCAGCAAAAAGAAAAAGUUUCCCAUCGAUUUUUAAAUUAGUGGUGUCAUUUAUAAAGAUAAGGAACAGAAGAGGACCCAAUACUGAACCUUGUUUAACUCCACAUACAAUGUUUUUGAGACUAGAGUCAGUAUCAUUUGCUCUAACUAGUUGUUUCCUAUUAUUCAAGUAGGAUUGGAACCAAUUUAAAGAAAUACCUCAAUUUCCAUAGAAAUUUAGUUUUGUAAUCAAGAUGUCGUGAUUUACACAAUCAAAAGCUUUGGCAUAGUCGCAGAAAACAGUGGCAGUAUAAAGAUUAUUGUUUAGUGCUUGGUAAACCUCAUGUAGUACAGAAAACAUGGCAUCAGUGGUACAAUUAUUUGUUAAAAAGCCGAACUGAUUUUGUGAUAAAAUGUUGUUGUCAACGAUAAAGGACAUAAGUCGAGUUUUAAUGAGUCUCUCAAUAAUUUUGGAGAGUACCGGUAGUAAGGCAAUAGGUCUAUAGUUGCAGGCAUCAGAUUUUUCACCACCCUUAUGAAGAGGAAUAAUAAUGGCUGUCUUUAGGCACUUUGGAAAUUUACCUUUUUCGAAGGAAUCAUUAAUGAGAGACGAGAAUUUUCAACACAUUUUCUGUGAGAUUAGAGAAAAUUUUUAUAGAUAGUCCAUCAGUACUACAGGAUGAUUUGCUUUUGAUACUAUUGAUUGUUUGGAUCAGUUCAGAGUUAUCGAUGGUCUUAAAAAGAAUGAAUUCGAGACCUUUCUUGAGUUAGGGAGAUUGGAAAUGGGAUCUUGUUGCGGCAAAAUAGUUGAUGUUAUAUUUUUACUGAGUUUUAUUUCGAAGAUCGUUUAUUAUAGACCAAGUUUCUUUUGCAACACUUUUAGAGCUUCCCAGACGAUUUUGAUAAUAGGCUUUUUUAGCUGAUUUGACAAGUUUUAGAUAUGUUGUCCUGUACUUCGUGAUAUAAUAUAUUCAGUGACAGAAACAUUGGUAGUAAAUUUCUUGAUGUAUAGUAGUGAACGCAUAUUUUUGGCUGAUACGCGAAUACCUUUCGUAACCCAAGGUUUCCGAUGUUUUGGCUUAAUAGGGAUUAAAGGAAAUGCCUUAUUGAAGAUGCGGAGAAGCUUAUCUAGAAAAACACUGAAAUUAUAGUCUACGUCUAUAGAAGGAAAGUGCCACUCAGAAGUUAAGCAUAAAUUUUGGAAUUUACGAAAAUUAUGGGUGGAAAAAAUCCUACCUAAACGUCGGGUUUUUGAGGAGGGUUUGCUGAAGAUGUUAAACUUCGUAUACACUGCUUCAUGAUCAGAUAGUCCCGCAUUAAUAACUGUAGGCUUGUUCCAACACAACGAAAACCGUUGACGUAAUUUGAGUAUAUGUAUCGUAUUUGCUAUUGCUAUUGUUUUUUUCUGGCUCGUUUUAAAAUUUGUCUAUAAAAUUGUACAAUGUUCAAUGACAAUAAAGCAUAUUUCCAUUGUAUUCUAUUUUUGUGCGCGGAAGAGGAAUAACAACAUACACUUUCAAAAAUACAUGAAACACGAAAGGGAAUUUCCUACUUUAUUUCCCGAUUUAAUCGAUCAUCAAAACAAAUUUUAUCUAUACUGCAGAAUGAAUUAUCAUAAAAACUGAUCUAACAAAACUUUCACUUUAAAAAUCAUACUAUGUUUGCUUUCUUUGAAAACUAAUACCAUUAUUUAUUUUAUAAUGAUUUCCGAUAGCAACACAUUGAAUUCAGCAUCUAGAUUAGGACUAAGUGCAACAUCUGUUUACUUACAUAAAGACAACCCUUGGACCGCUCACGUCCAUAUUUUUCGGUUUGUUCCGUUGUGGAAGCGCUAACUAUAGGGCUUUUCAUUCACAGUCAUUUGUUUCGAGCUUCUGUCAUGUGUCACAUAAUAUUAAUAUAUCUAGGCCAUACGUUAUUGGUGUAUACCAAUCAUAGAGUUAUAUAUUAGCAUAGAGAGAGUGUCAUUCAGAGCGAAGUGACGACACCAUCUUUUUUAUUUGGAUUAGUGCUGUUUCGCUCUUACGCAUAGUAAAGCUGCUACAGUUGUCCUCCUCUUCCGUGCCUAUAUUCACACUGAAUGUCAUCAUAGAUUUUCGAUACAAUGUGUUAGAAAGAGAUGCAGCAAACCAGUCCAUGAGAUCUUGUCGUCAAGAAGCGCGGAAGGUAGGCUCCCUCUAUGUUAAUAUAUACCUCUAUGAUACCAAUGACACAAACCAAAGACGUAUGACGUAGAUAUAUUAUGUGACACAUGACAGAAGCUCGAAACAAAUGACAAUCGAUGAAAAGCCCUAUACACUGGGUAUCGAAUCGCUACAAGCUACACUACACUACGUCGAACGGCAAAAGUAUUCUCUUCCGAGAUAUCCGCGCGUUGCGGUGUGAAUCGAUGUGCUACGAUUCCGUAAAGUAGGCGCUGAGUCAUUUGUAUCGUAAAGUGUCAAU